AUGCGCCACAAAUUUGCUGGUGGCUAGGGAAAGAUGGGCAAGAUCCUUAGAUGCCGGUAAGCGUCUGGAUGCUGUGUUUGUUGAUUUCAGUAAGGUUUUUGACAAGGUUCCGCAUGAGCGGCUCCUCUUCAAACUCCGUGGAAUCGGCGUCAUUGGCAAUUUUCUUCCUUGGGUCUCCGAUUUCCUGGACGGUCGCAUCAUGCAGGUUAAAGUUAACGAAGCGCUUUCUGAUCAAGUGCUCAUGACCGGUGGGGUCCCACAGGGUUCUGUACUCGGCCCCGAACUCUUCAAUAUAUUUAUCAACGACCUGCCAUCCUAACUGCAGACCGAUUGUUUAAUCUACGCGGAUGAUCUGAAGCUGUGGAUUGAGGUAUCCAGUCUGGAAGAUACAGACAGACUUCAAGCGACACUCGAUCUGCUCCACGAUUGGUCACUAAAGUGACAGUUGCCGUGACAAAUCCGCUGUCCUUCCAAUCGGUGCUCCAGAGCCUUUUGGGGCUCACCAUAUCGGGAGUUUCUCGCUCCGAAAUGUCAACCAAGAGAGGGAUCUCGGGGGUGAUUGUGUCUCCUGAUCUCAAAUCAAUGGAGGACACCAGGAAGAGGGUCGCAUCCGCCUACAGAAUAAUUCACGCUAUACAGAGAGCCUUUUCACGCCUGACUCCAGCACUCUUACUGUUUGCUUCGCAUGUGCGCCCAGUUCUCGAGUACGGAUUGCCUGCUGCGUAUCCUCUCACAAAGUCCGAACGUGACAUGAUCGAGAAGGUUCAACGGCGUGGAUCCAAAUCCUUUCCAGAGUUGUGGGACUUAUCCCCUACGGGUUUAACGGUUGAACCUGUUCCCUUUGGAUUAUCGUCGUCGCCGCGGAGAUCUGAUAUUCACUCGGUGUAUUCUACUAGGUGAGUUGGGG